AUGGCUGAAAUCUUAAUACUGAAUGAAUGUGACAGAGAGGGGUUCUACAUUAGUAAAAAGGGCGCGCUGAGCGCUUAUAUUAAAGGAGAUCCAAAAGCGGAAAAUUUAUCUAAGGGAUUAGACGGUGGAGAUUUUAAGUGCUCUACGAAUUGGCUUGAGCGUUUUAAAGUUCGUCACAAUAUCAAUGUCGGCAAAGUGUCCGGUGAAGCAGGAGAUGUUAGCAGGGAAGCUGUGGUGAACUGGUUAACCGAGAAAUGGCCAGAUAUUGCACAAAAUUACAGCUGUGAAGAUAUUUUUAAUGGGGAUGAGACCGGACUAUUUUACAAGAUGACUCCAGACUGUACACUGAAAUUUAGAGGAGAAAAGUGUGUGGGAGGCAAACAAUCAAAGCUAAGAUACACCGUUUGGGUUUGUGCAAAUAUGACAGGUAGUGAAAAAUGUAAACUUUUUGUAAUUGGUAAAUACGAACGACCGAGGUGCAUGAAAAAUAUUAAAAACCUGCCUGUUAUUUAUAAAUCGAAUAGAUGCGCAUGGAUGACUUCAGACAUUUUUAUUAAUUAUUUGAAAGAGUGGGAUGAAAAACUAAGACGUCAAAAAAGAAAAAUAUUGCUUCUAGUGGACAACUGUGCAGCUCAUCCAAAGAAUGUAGAUCUGACAAAUAUUAGAUUAGAAUUUUUGCCUCCCAAUUGCACUUCUGUCACACAACCAAUGGAUCAAGGCAUAAUAAAAUGCCUAAAAACCUAUUACCGUAGAUAUUUUAUGUAUCGCCUAAUUCAAGCAUUGGAUAGUGAGGAAACGUUCAAUCUAACAAUUCUAGACUCGAUAAAAAUAAUUGCGAAAUCUUGGAAUGAGGUUUCACAAGAAACGAUUCAAAACUGCUUUCGACAUGCUGGUCUAGUGAAAUCGAUCGAGGAGUUUGAUUCAGAUGAUGACUUGCCUCUGAAUCAGUGGUACGAGAAAUAUAAAAGUGUUGAUGAUGAUGAUGACUGGAAUAUUCCGCUAAGUUAUUGGUUGCAAAAUCACUGCCAAGACGUAACUACUGUAGAAAAAUAUCUUCCUGAACUAGAUAAUUUUACGACCAUCGACGAUAAUCUGGUAGCAACGGAGACCUUAACGGAUUGCGACAUUAUUGCCAAAGUUAUAGAAUCAAACUGUUCAACGAAUGAUUUAAGUUCCGAUAACGAAAGCGGCGAUGAUGAUGGACCAGUGAACGAACCCAUUCCAAGUUAUUGUGAAGCACUUUGUGCAAUUAAAACUGUUACGAAUUUUUUACAAUAUACUGAUUACGGAUCUGAUGAUACAAUUUUAGAAGCCUCGUUAAAAGUUGAGAAGCACAUCGAGAAUAUGUAUAUGUAUCCGAUUUCAAUGUUAUAUGUUACAUAUUAA